CUAACAAGUACUUCCGGGUGUCCUCUCUGAGUUUGGGACUUUUCGCAGUUUCUCUUGUCGGCGUGGUCGUGAUUAUGUAAAACAAAAAAGAAAAAAGUAACAUAUAACAAAUGAAUCGGAUUAUUUUUAAUCUAAAUAUAUUAAUUAGAUAUUUUCUACUUGUCGGUUCAUAUGAACGGUCCAUAGAGAGCAGGCUGUGUGUCAUGUCCAGAUGUUAAUCCACAUCAGUAAUCCGGCUUUCAGUGCGCCAUGAAACACGUUAUUGUGGUUCUGACAUCUUUAUUUUUAACAGAGUGCGCAAAAAGACCUGGCACAGAUGGCGAAUAUGAUCACUUGCAGUCUUUGCUGUCAGACUUUGAGGUUCUGAACGUGUCCAGUCUGCAGCAACACUCCGUGCGUAAGCGAGAUGUGCAGAGCCACACACACGCAGAGAGACUUCUCACUUUCACGGCUUUACACAGGCAUUUCAGGCUCUACCUGACCACCAACACUGAAUUGUUCACUGAAGACUUCAGUACUGUGGUGGUAGAGAAAGACGGCACUUACCAGAACUUUGAGGUCCACAGACAGAACUUCUUCACGGGCCAUGUCAUUGGGGAGGAAAACUCACGCGUACAGGCACAUAUAGAUGACAGUGACUUCACUGCUCACAUUCUGACAGAUGAGGCUGAGUAUAACAUAGAGCCUCUGUGGAGGAUCACCCAAGGCCCGUCGGAUGGCCGAUUGCUGGUGUAUCGCUCAGAGGACAUCCGGAACGUGAGCCGUCUUGCCGCACCUAAAGUGUGUGGCUACAUCACAGCUGAGGCCAGUCAGCUCCUGCCUGAGAAUGUGCACACAGCCACAGCAACAGAGGAAAAAGUAGAAGGUGAAGAGCACCUGAGAGUGAGGAGGCAGGCAGUAGAUCACAGGAAGAACACAUGUCCUCUGUUGCUAGUGGCAGAUUAUCGUUUCUUCAGACACAUGGGCCGCAAGGAGGAGAGUACCACCAUCAAUUACCUGAUUGAGCUGAUUGACCGGGUGGACGACAUCUACAGAAACACAUCUUGGGAUGAAGAGUUUAAGGGCUAUGGUGUUCAGAUCCAGCAGAUUAUGAUCAACAAAUCCCCUACAAAAGUGGAACCAGGACAAUCCCACUACAACAUGAAGGGGAGUCCAGUGAAGAACAAAGAUGUAUGGGAUGUGAAAAGACUUCUGGAGCAAUUCAGCAUGGACAUUGCAGAGAAUGCCUCCAAAGUGUGUUUGGCUCACUUGUUCACCUAUCAGGACUUUGAUGAGGGCACACUAGGCCUUGCCUACGUCGCCCCUGCCAAGGAAGAGGGUCCUGGAGGAGUCUGUUCCAAAGAGUCUCCUCAGUCAGGAAAAGACCAACGGACCAUAUACUUGAAUACAGGCUUAACCAGCACUAAGAACUUUGGGAAGACUAUUCUGACUAAAGAAGCCGAUUUGGUGACGACCCAUGAGCUCGGGCACAACUUCGGGGCUGUUCAUGACAGGGAUGACAUGCCGUACUGCGCACCUAGUGAGGACCACGGGGGCAAAUACGUCAUGUACCCCAUUGCUGUGAGCGGUGAAAAUUCCAACAACAGGCUAUUUUCCAACUGCAGUAAGAUGUCUAUUGUGAAAAGCCUGAGGCACAAGGGCCCUUCAUGUUUUAAAGAGAGAAAUAGUAAGGUGUGUGGGAACUCACGGGUGGAGGAGGGAGAGGAAUGUGACCCCGGCCUGGUCCACCUCCACACUGACCUCUGCUGUACAAUCGACUGCAAGCUACGACCUUCAAAGCAGUGCAGUGAUAGAAACAGCGCCUGCUGCAAGAACUGUAUGUAUGAGAAGGUCGGAAAGCCGUGCCAGGAGCCCAUCAAUGCUACCUGUAAGGGCAUGUCCUACUGCACAGGUAACAGCAGUGAAUGUCCUCCUCCAGAGAACCUGCUUGAUAACACCACUUGUGUGGACAGUGGGCAGUGUCUGAAUGGGGAGUGUAUACCAUUCUGUGAGGCUGUCCUCAACCUGCAUUCGUGUGCCUGCAAUGAGACAGAACGCUCGUGUAUGGUUUGCUGUCGCAGUGAGAGUGGUGCAUGCUCUCCAUACCGGGAUAAGAAAGGUAACUUCCUGUACCUGAGAAAGGGCAAACCCUGCACUGUGGGCUUCUGUGAUGGAAAGGGAAAAUGCAUGAAGCAGGUGCAGGAUGUCAUUGAGAGGUUGUGGGAUUUUAUUGACAAGCUGAACAUCAACACUUUUGGGAAAUUCUUGGCUGAUAACAUUGUGGGAUCUGUGGUUGUCUUUUCCCUGCUCUUCUGGAUCCCUCUCAGUAUUCUUGUUCACUGUGUGGACAAGAAGCUGGACCAGCAGUAUGAACUGAACACAAGAUCACUCUUUUACCCCAGCAAUGCAGAAUUGCUGAGCAGUCUCGAUUCAGCCUCAGUGCGCAUCUUCAAGCCUCACCCUUCCUCGGCUCUCUCUGCCGUCCCACGCUUCCAGAGCAGCACCCCUCCCGUCCCUCUGACUGCAGGCAGCUUAACGUCUCCAGCCUCAGGCUUUUUGGCUAGCACAGAGCCUCCACGCAUGGACACCAUCCAGGAAGACCCCAGUUACGACUCACGCAUGGAAGAGCAGGUCCUAGAGGAUGACUUCACCACCACUCGCACCAGUGCAGCUCGAUCGUUUGCAGACCUGACUGAUGCUGCAGAAAACGAUCUGGAGAGAUCGUUCAAGAUGAUGACACGCGGAGACAGCAUCAGGAAGGAGACAGAGUGCUGAGUGAGAGUGUGUGUGUGAGUGUGUGUGUGUAUAUGUGUGUGCACAAACUGAUCUUUAUAGGAAAAAAGUGUGUGAAAAGGAGUAAGAGUGACUGCAUGAACUCCAUAUGAGAAGCAGAAUAAGCAAAGCUUGCAUAAGUGAAGAGUGGGCUGGAGCUUAUGCAACUCUGUAUUCAGAGGCUGUAUGGUUUUGGAGCACUUCAAUUCCCUGUAGGGUGAACAAAGUGUGUUGCUUAUGUUUACAUAAUGCUCAAUUUAGCACUGAAGCUGCAGAGACUACAGGGUGCACAUUUAGCUAAAGACUUAUAGUGACUUUGCUUUCAAAGGUACACUUUGUCCCAUUUUACUUUUCAACAUUUUAUAUUAACAAAUAUAUGUAAAGCAAGAUUUUGGCUAUUUUUGAAUUUAUUACUGCAGCAUUAAAUAUUAUGUAAAAGGGAAUUUUUAAAAGGCUUUUCACACUCACUGGCCACUUAGUAGUAAAAACCUCUACAUCUGCUCUUUAUGUAAAAUCGAAUAAAAUCACACAAAUACAGGUCAAGUGCUUCAGAGAUUUCUAGUGUUCAGUUACAGUGUGUUUGUUCCCACUGUUGUGUCAGAUUCUUUCUCUCUGCUGACAGGAGUGAAGCCCGAUGUGGUGGUCUUCUCCUCAUCCACAUCGAGCUUUGACCUGUUGUGUAUUCUGAAAUGCUUUUCUGCACACUACAUUUGUAAAGAGUGAUUAUUUGAGUCGCCAUUCCUGUCUUCUGGCUGUACUCAUUUCACCCACAGAACCUAAUGGAGGUUUUUUUCACCCCAUCUGUGCUAAUUCUAAAGAAUGUAAUAAGUGAAAAGCGGUUUCUGAAAUAUUCAUAUAAUAUCUGACACUAACAACCAUACCAUGAACAGAGUAUCAUUUCUGGUGUGAACAAUAACUGAAGCUCUUACCUGUAUAUUCCCCUUCAUUGUGUGAUGGGUUGAUUGGAUAACUGCAUGAAUGUGUAGUUUUUUUUUAUUAAAGUGCAUGGUGAGUGCAUAAAUAUUUAUAAUAGAAACAUUACAAAUGAUACCAAAGACUUUUCAGCUUUUUUGUGGCCCCACUACCCACGCAGGCCUGUACCACAUCUAUAGUGUUAACAUCUACGCUUUAAUGUUGAAAAGGGAAGGUGGGAAAUAAUCAUUUGUUUACAUGCAUGUUUAGCUGUGAAGUUCCAGACAGGUAUCCUAUAUUUAGAAAGAUGUGCACUGUAAAUUAUGUGUCUACUCACCUAAAAUGAGUAGGUAAAGAUGUUUAGAGCUGUAGGGCUUACUUGACGAUGAGGAAUUUCUUCACAGUGGAGAUGAUUGGACGAGUUGUUGGAAGUGUCUUUAAGAUUAUAUCACAGGUCCUGUUCUCUUCACCUACUGAUACUAUACUGUAUAUUUUAUAUACCUGUGUAUGUAAGUUUGCUAGUAUAAUAUUGUGCAUCUUUGUGUUGUACUGUUACAUUUCAGCUUUCCAGCACAGUGAUAUAUGAUAUACUGGCAUUGAGUGUACAGUGGGAUUACAGCCUAGCAGCUGAUUACUGUGCAGCGUUGGUGCAUGGGAAACACUCGGCUGUGUAAUUACGUCACAUUUGCUGAGUAAACAAUGUAAAAGCAGGCGUAACAGUUCAUUUCCACAGUAUCAGUAAUCUCAGAUAUUUAGUGAACUAUUUUCACCAUUACUUUCAUUUCGAUUGUCAUCAUCAUCACUAGUUUAUGUGCUUGUCACGUCCUUGUCGCCUGUAUGUUGGUGCUUCAAGCAUUAGGUCAACAGUAAGCACAUAAAUGUUUGAAAAUAGCAUUAUUAACAAAUACUAAGAUUAAAAACAUUAUAUUUUGCCAUACGUAACUCAAAAGGGAUGAAAUCUCCAAAUUCACAGUGAUUUAUACAGAUUCCAGAUUUAAACAUCAUGAGCAUGAUAGAUCUCAUUUCUAUCCAUCAGGAAACAAACAGGCUUAAUGUAUUUAUGGAGUUUCAUUUUCAGGGUAAAUGUUUGGUACUGGUAGCAUAUUUUAGUUUUAAAAAAACUAUAUAUUUUUUAACUCAGCAAAAAUCUAAAACACCUUUGAGUAUAGUUUUCUUUUUGUGAGUAAAAUAUUUUGUGCACUCCAAGUAUUAUGCAAAAUCCUACAAUGGAAAUAUCCAAUGUGUUUAUGUACAUAGCAGAUUUCUUAUAUACUUAUAUAUUUGCCAUUUACUUAAAUAUAUUUGUUUAAAUUCACUGCUGCUUUUCAUUCUUGUUUUUUUUACGUGUAUGUUUUCACUGUUCGUAUAUCCUGAUUACUUGACUUGGGGAAAUUAUUAGGGUGACUUUUCUGUGAGUGAAAUGAUUCAAAUGUUCAGUAAACAGCUGCACAACUGAAGUGCUGCCAGGAGUAUUAAAGCUUUGUCAAGUGUCUGUCAACUUACUCUGUGAAGAAUGUUGUUUCAUACAAUAAACUUAUUUACCCUUAACAUGA